UUUUAAAUACAUACCAAAGGCGUUCUUCAUUUUCUUUCUUUUCACGAAUCACUUCCAUCAGCUCAGUGGUAUACCAAGCUUCUUUUUUGGCGGGAAAAUCUUCAUAGCUCGUUCAUCAAAUAAUCGUAUUCAGAGAUCAACUUUUUUUCUUGCAAAGUGAUCGUUGAUCAGCUUAACAAUGUCCAGUAUGAAAGUUUGCGUGCUAUUCAGACCUCUGAAUUCCAAGGAACUCUCCGAGUUUGGCGAUGCUGUCUCUGUUCAAGGAAUUAACUCCGACUCAUUUAUAAUCAAGGAUGAAAAGGAACAAGAGUUUGAGUUUACCUUCGACAGAGUUUUCUAUCAAGGAUCUGAACAAGCUGAUAUAUAUGAAUUUCUAGCUCUGCCUAUAGUCCAAGGUGCCGUAGAUGCAAUAAAUGGCACGAUUAUCACUUAUGGACAGACCGGAGCAGGAAAGACAUAUAGCAUGGAGGGACCAAGCAUUGUAGAUUGUGAAAACAAGAAGAAAGGACUGUUGCAGAGAGUGGUGGAUGGACUUUUUGAUGCCAUAGUGAAUUCAGAGAAACCAAGCAAAUACACAAUCAAAUUAUCAAUGGUAGAGAUCUACAUGGAGAAAGUAAGGUUUGAGUCACUUUCACUUGUACCCGAGGAGAUUUCUCGAUUCAUAUCUAUUGCUAUCACUCAACAUCGCUUUAUUCAUAAACAUGCUUUUAAGUUAUCAAUUUCUCUCAGGGAUCUCUUCGAUUUAUCAAAGGACAAUAUACAGAUAAAGGAGAGUAAAGUACAUGGAAUUAUUCUAAAUGGAGCAACAGAAGUAGCUAUAUCCAACUCUACAGAAGCAUUGCAAAGUUUAUCUGUAAGGGAAAAUGAGACAAUGCAUUUCCAUAUGAGGCAUUUUACACAUUUUGGCUCUGAUAUGCUGUUCAUGUUACAGAGUGGGAUAGCUAAUAGAGCAGUCGGAGAAACACAAAUGAAUAUGUCGAGCAGCAGAAGCCAUUGCCUCUACAUAUUUACUGUCCAACAGGAUUUCGCGAAGGAUAAAAGGACCAAAUUUGGAAAGCUGAUACUCGCAGACUUGGCGGGGUCAGAGAAAGUUGAGAAGACUGGAGCUGAAGGUAAAAUUCUUGAAGAAGCAAAGACCAUCAAUCAGUCCCUCACAGCACUUGGGAAAGUGAUAAAUGCUAUGACUAGCUGCACUCCAGGAAAACCAACUCAUAUUCCUUAUCGUGAUUCUAAGCUCACUCGGAUCCUACAAGAUGCUCUUGGUGGAUGCUCUCAGACUGCAUUACUUUGCUGUUGCUCUCCAAGCCCUUUCAAUUCUUCAGAGAGCCUCUCUACCCUGCGAUUUGGUGCUAGAGCAAAGCAUAUAAAGGCAUCGGUACAUGUUAGUUGCAAGGAAGAUCUAGACUGUAACAAGGCUAUAGCUGUCUAUACCAAUGUAGAUGAGUCCAGGGAGAGGAUAUUGGGCAAGCUGAGAGAGACAAUGACAGCCGAAGAUGUUCAAUUGCUUGAGAAAUUAUUUGUACUGGAGGGAAUUUUCUUUGAUCCCAAUUCAGUUGAUGAGAUAGAAGCAGCAUAUGAAGAUGUCACGUCAAGAACAAUCUCAUCAUUGCAUAAAGCCGUGGAAGAGCUGAGUACAGGUGUAGAGAAGGUGAGUUUCCCUAAUGGUAUAGAGCUUCAUUUUGAUGUGCCGUGGUGGAUCAUUUCACAGAUGAAGAGGGAGAAUGCCGCUCUAAAGGCCAGGUUGAAAGCUUCUGAAGAAUUUUAUCGACGUCAACUCGAAAUAAGGCCACUCUGUUUGAUUCUCUGAUUGUAAUAAUGAACCUUCAUUUUUAAAGAUUGCGUUUAAGACAUGUAUAUUGAAUUUUUUUCCUCGUGAAUAUUGAAUUCGAUAUUAGGUUACUUGCCAUCUGAUGCUUUUUUUAA